AUGAGUGUAGAGUUACAAAUUUUUGAACGGAACGAAAAUGAUCUCUUCGCCAGAGGUUGUACAUCAGUCGAACCUCCUUGUCCAGAAGGAGGAUUUAGGUGUUUUCCCGGACACUGUGCAAACACUGAGGCAAAUUGUCCUCGGAACACGUCAUCAUUAGAAGUAUUUACCGAUGUACCCUCAUCAACGUCAAUUUUUACAGAAUCGAUAACAUCAACAAUAGUUACACAAUCUAUAAUACCAUCAUUAGUAAGCGAAUCAACAGAAACGGUACUAUUUUUCACAUUCACAGCAGCAGCAACUUUGUCACAAUAUUUCUUCGAAACAGAUGUACUAUUAUCUACAAAUAAAACAGAUUCAUUAUCAAAUACACUGUCAGUUGUAUCACUUUCUACAGCACAAACUUUUUCAAAUAUACUCACUCAAUCAACAAUGGUAAAUUCAAUCACAAUUGAACCAACAUCAUCAUAUAUCUCAACUAAGUUAGCGGUUCCUUUUUCAUCCGAAUCAUCAGGUACAUCGAUGUAUAGCGUUCUUGAAGUUUCUGGUAUUGAUUCAACAUCGUCAACAGUUAGAACAGAAUCGACAGCAGUAAUAAUGUCUUCCGAUUCACGACUUCCCUUUGAAACAACAUUUUUAUCUUUAUUCUCAAUGGAUCAGACAUUUGCAUUGUCGUCACUGUCUAUCGAAUCAAUAUAUACAUCUUCAUUGUCAGUUGAACCGACAACAUCAAUAGUUUUUACUAAAAAAGUAGUUCCAACACCAUCUACUGAAUCAUCGUUCUCAUCCUCGAUUGAAACCACACAAACAAUAUUACCACUUUCUAUAGACUCAACAGCUCAAUUAUCGUCGAAUGAACAAACCCUUCAAUUAUCAUCAUCUGAUUCAAUAGUUCAUUUAUUAUCAACUGUUCAAUUAACAUUGUCUGAAUCAACAGUUCAGUUAUCUUCGACUGAAUCGACAUUUCAAUUAUUAUCAGCUGCAUCAACAGUGCAUUCAUCAUUAAGUGAAUCGACAGUUGUGUUAUCAGCGACUGAAUUAACAGUUCAUUUAUCAUCAACUGAAUCCACAGUUCAGUUAUUAUCGACUGAAUCGACAGUCCAAUUAUCAUCGACUGAAACAACAGAUCAGUUAUCAUUGACUGAAUCAUCAUAUGAAUUUUCAUCAACUGAAUCAGCAGUUCAAUUAUUAUCGACUGAAACGGCAGUUGAAUUAUCAUCGAUUAAAUCAACCAUUCAAGUGUCAUCAACUGAAUUGACAGUUCAAUCAUUAUCAGCCACUGAAUCGAUAGCUCAAUUAUUGUCAACUGAAUCUACAGCUCAGUUAUCAUCUACUGAAUCAACAGUUCCAGUAUCAUCAAGUGAAUCAGCAGUUCAAUUAUUAUCAACUGAAUCAAUAGUUAUUUCUUCAGUGCCUAUAGAAAACAAUAUAUCAUUACUUUCUACAGAAAUAUUAUCACCGACUGGCACAAUAGAACAAUUAUUAUCGACAGAAUCAACAGUGUUAUCUUUACUGCCAUCACUUUAUGCAGAGUCAACAGUUCAGUUCUCGUCGAUGGAAUCAAAAUUUCAAUUAUUAUCGACAGAAUCAACAAAUUUAUUGUCAAUUUCAAUCGAACAAACAAUUUCAUCACUUUAUCCAGAAUCAUCAGUUCAAUUGUGGACGGCUGAAUCAGCAAGUCAAUUAUUAUCGACUGAACUAACGGUAUUACCAUCAAUGUCAAAUGAACAAACAGUGUCAUUUCUUUCUACAGAAUUACCAGUUACCUUUAAAUCGACUGAAUUAACAACUCAGUUACUAUCGACUGAAUCAACAGCUCAGUUAUUAUCGACUGAAUCAACAGGGCAGUUAUUAUCGACUAAAACAACAGCUCACUUAUUAUCGACUGAAUCAACAGAUAGGUUUCAAUCGACUGAAUCAACAGGGCAGAAUUAUCAGUUGCCUUUUCGUCGUUUGAACCAACAGUUCAGUUAUUAUCGACUGAAUCAGUUAAGCUAA